CGGCCUCCAUGAAAUGGAUAACAAGAGGAUUGAACAAAUUUUAUCCACGCCUAUGUAACACUCAAAAAUUUAUGUCAUCCACUCAAUAUAGCUUUGUUGGCAACCCUAAAUUUCAUUCUCAAUCAGGUCCAUUGUGUAGUGGUGAAUAUGAAAUGCAAGACCCAAAAACAGAUGAUGAAGUGGUAAAUAUUACAUUUAUUGAUAAAGGAGGUAAGAGAAUACCAGUGAAAGGAAAGAUUGGUGAUAAUGUGAUGUAUUUAGCUCAUAGAUAUGAUAUAGAAUUAGAGGGUGCAUGUGAGGCUAGUUUAGCGUGUUCAACAUGUCAUGUUUAUGUACAUGAAAAUUAUUUUGAUAAAUUAACAGACCCAGAAGAAGAAGAAGAAGAUAUGCUUGACAUGGCACCAUUUUUAAAACCAAACUCAAGAUUAGGCUGUCAAAUUAUUUUGAACAAAGAUUUAGAGGGUUUAGAAGUGACAUUACCUCCUAUCACUAGAAACUUUUAUGUUGAUGGUCAUGUACCACAACCACAUUAAUACUGCUGGACAGUUUGUGCUCAGGGAAAGUGUGAGAUUGUUAUGCCAGGUAGUGAUAUUGUUAGUAUAUUUUGUAUGCGUUAAGUAAUGGUGCAAGAAACUUGGCCUUUAAAAUGAUGCUUGCAAAAAUAACACUAAUUUUACAAUUGGAAGUGGAUAAACGAUUUAAAGAAUGGUACAGCCAAUAUUUUCAAAAGGUGAUACCUUUAGCAUGUGUUCUGAUUGUGGUCUUAGAAUUGAUGUUACUGAACAUACCACUUAGCAAUGCAACUAUUAAGCUUGUAUUUUUUUUUUAUUACAAAACACUGUAAAACCCAAAAUGAUUUGGUUAGGUAGCCAAUAAAACUUACGCUAUAGCCACCAAUUCUGUGUUUGUACAAAGCCUUCUAGUCUAUAGACCUUAUUCAAGACUCAAUUUGGAACCAUGCAAAUUAUGUUAUCUAUUAAAAAGAUGGCAACAUUAUACAAAGAAAUAGUGACAUCAUUAAACACUCGAUAUUGGGCUUAAUACUGCCCAUUUCUCAGAAAUGUGUAACGGUAAACUUCAUCUGAAAGAAUCAUUAAAUAACUUGAUAAAUUUUGAUUUUAAUGAUGUAAAAAAUGAUUAGUUUUGAGUAAGUGGGACUGGAAAAGGAGGUGAUAAAGAUGUCAAACCAUAUUCUAUUUGUAUGAUUAUACUAAUGGUCUUUUUUAACACCUGUCUUCAACAUCAAAUAAAUGAAACUAAGACAGAUAACUGUAUUACUAGUUUACUAACUUAACUUUGUACAUGAGUAUAUUUCUAAAAAUAUUGUAGAUGGCUUCCAUCUUACUUGUAUGCACAGUACAAUCAACGCUUUCAUGUUUGUGAUGAAUUUAAUAAAGUAAGAGUUAAUAAAACCAUAAUUUAUUGUUUUGAAAUAUUAUACAAAUAUUUACAGACUUAAUAAAUACUGAGAUAUAAAACAUCUCUGAUGUAAAAUCGUAUGAGUGUUUCCAUAGCCAUAAAACAUUUUAAUAAUUCUUGUUGUUCUUAUAAAUAAUUUUUUCUUUGGAUGUUACCAAAAAUACUGCAGUCAUGGAAGGAAUAUGAGAACGUAUCAUCUUUACAAUGUCACCCCAUUACAACCUUUGUUCUUAUACCUUGACAACAAUAGCCAUCUUUCUUGUUUGUAAAUGCAGCGAUUUGAUUUGAUUGUACAUUAGCGAAUAAGUCAAUUAGAGUCCUGGACAGAAAGGCUGUAAACAAUAAGCCAUAAUGUCUUAGCUGUAUUUGCUACAAUACAAUCCAAUGAAAUCGCUGCUUUCAGUAGCUAUUGCAGUCAAGGUAU